UCUUCGAAGAAGGAAGCGGCCCAGGGAAAGAGGGAGGUUGCUCCCCGGAGCAGGGCCUCGGAGACGCUGGGAGACCGGGCUGGGACGGGCCUCGGACCCCGCAGGGAGGACGGAGCCGCGCAGCUCAUGGAAACAUACAUGAUCGAUUAACUGCCCUGAGAGAUCCUUCUGAAAUCUCCGCCAUGGGGGACAUGAAGACCCCAGAUUUUGAUGACCUUUUGGCUGCCUUCGACAUUCCGGAUAUUGACGCCAGUGAGGCCAUCCACUCCGGUCAAGAGGAAACGGAAGCCAACAUCAAGCCCAUCCCUGCUGAGACGGUGGUCCCCGAGCACAGCCUCCCCCACGUUGACAUCACCACCGUUAGUGUCAUUGUGAAGAACACGGUCUGCCCCGAGCAGUUGGAACCCAUGGACGGGAGGGUCAAGGACACCCACGGCACCACCGGCCCACGGCUGCUGCAGAACGGCUUUGCCGCACCCGAGGUGCCACAUGUUUCGCCUGCCCGCCCAACAGAAGCACUGCCCCCUGCUAAUGGAGAGUGCUGGGCACCAAAAGAGAAGGCAGCAGCCAAAAGCCUUGAUCUUUUCUCCCACUUUGGAUCCAAUGCUCACGGGGACGAUAACACAGAGGCCAGCCUCAUUGAUCAGCCGCACGAAUGCAAGGCCAAAGACAAGACCCUCGCGGUGCCUCCCCUCUCCCCGGCCCCUGUACUUUCGGCCGCCCCGCCCUUGGAGCGCCACGAAUCCGUCCAGGAGGGUCCUGGGCCACUCACGCCACCCUUCCCUCCGUCAUUGGAUGCCUGUCCGACCGGCGGGCCAGGUCUUCCUCUCAAUCCUCCUCCACCACUGCCACCUCUUCCAGUCAUCAAGCAGGAAGCCGAUGUCGAGGCGCCUUGCCUGGGAGCCAGUUCAUCAGGCCGUCCCAAAUCGGGCUCCGUUUGCUAUUCCACAGACGAUUCCCCCGUGGCACCGUGGCCUGCUUCGGACAGCAGUGAUGCUCAAGUCAAGCGUUCUCCCUCCAGCCCUCAGAAUAAGCUGUUCAAAGGGUCUCCUCUCACAGAGGCUUCUGCCUCCCCAAAACCUCCUCCUGGCAGUGGGGCCUUGAAAGAAGAACCCGUUGAGAAGCCUGUACUGUGUGCGUCCAGCGGGGAGGAAGAAAUGGAAGAGGAGGAGGAGGAGAAUCCAGACGAGAGUGAUGGCUCUCCCUCAUCCAAUUCCUCACGGCCCCUCAGGGUGAGGAUUAAGAUCAUCAAGACGUCUUCUGGAAGCAUCACCAGGACAGUAACAAGGGUUUCUUCUGAUUCUGAUCCCGGUGCUGCCAAGCCACUAUUGGAGAGCGAUUCCCCAGAGGCAAAUGAAGAAUCCACACUUGCACCCUUAGCAGAGAAGGAGGAACCUGUCACAGAGUCCCCCAGCCCCAAAGCUGUGCCCACCAGCCCCAUAAAGGUCAUUGAGGGGCCCAAGAUCGUCAGCGUGCAGCUGGGGGACGGAACCAAGAUCAAAGGGACGGUGCUGCCCGUCUCCACUAUCCAGAAUGCCAGCAGCGCCAUGCUGAUGGCUGCCAGCGUGGCCCAGCAGAAGGCUGUGGUGCUGCCCAGCAAAGCCGUGGCCAAGAACAUCAUUAGCUUGGUCCCCCAGGCUCUUCCCAAAGUUGCUGAGACCCGGUCUGCGCCAGGCCAGCAGUCUCCUGGUGCGAACCAGAAAGUCAAUGGCACCACGGUGGUGGUGAUGCAGCCCCAAAAGUCCGUACCUGCUGUCGCCGGGACGGUCAUCUCCCGCAGCCAGUCCAGCCUGGUAGAGGCCUUCAACAAGAUCCUGAAUAGCAAGAACCUCCUGCCCACCUACAAACCCAAUUUGAUCCCGCCGGCUGAGUCAAGUCUCUCCCUGCCGCCCCUGGGCUUCCGCUGCCUGGAGUGCGGGGACGCCUUUGCUUUGGAAAAGAGCCUCGCCCGGCACUACGACCGGCGCAGCAUGCGCAUCGAGGUGACUUGCAACCACUGCACCAAGCGCCUGGUCUUCUUCAACAAGUGCAGCCUCCUCCUCCAUGCCCGCGAACAUAAAGACAAAGGUCUGGUCAUGCAGUGCUCCCACCUAGUCAUGCGCCCCAUUGCCCUUGACCAGAUGAUUGGGCAGCCCGACAUCAUGCCGCUGGCCUCCUUGACCUCCCUUAGCACUAACAAGGCAGCCGCCGUGGCCUCUGCUGCCAUGACGCAGGAGGCUCUGGUGGCUUCUGCUGCCGCCACCAGCGUGGCCUCCUCUCAGGACUUGCCGGUCUUACCUUUGAACGGUGGCACUGAACCUGCGACCACCAACUCGUGCCAGUGCCUGGAGUGCAAGGAACAGUGUAAGGAUAAGGCCGGCCUUGCCGCUCACUUCCAGCAGACCGCCUCUUCCCCCUCCACGGUCUGUACCACCUGCCCCAUGAUCAUGCCCAACCGCUGCAGCUUCAGUGCCCACCAGCGCAUGCACAAGAGCCGCCCGCCCCACGUCUGCCCCGAAUGUGGUGGCAACUUCCUCUUGGCUAACUUUGAAGCUCACCUCAAGGAUGCCUGCCUACAUUUCUCCCGGAGGAUCGGCUACAGGUGUCCGAGCUGUUCGGUCGUGUUCGGAGGAGUCAACUCCAUCAAGUCCCACAUCCAGGCCUGCCACUGCGAGGUCUUCCACAAGUGCCCCAUCUGCCCCAUGGCGUUCAAGUCGGCCCCCAGCGCCAAUGCCCACAUUUUCACCCAGCACCCCGGCUUCAGCACCCAGCUGCCUAAGCUGAUCUACAAGUGCGCCAUGUGCGACACGGUCUUCACCCACAAGCCCCUGCUCUCCUCCCACUUUGACCAGCACCUGCUCAACCAGAGGGUGAGCGUCUUCAAGUGCCCCGACUGCCCUCUCCUCUUUGCCCAGAAGCGGACGAUGAUGGAGCACCUCAAGAAAUCCCAUCAGCCCCAGAAGCCCAAAGAAGAGCCCUCCACGAAGCUGCCUGCCGCCACUGCCGCUGCCCCUAUCGUUCCCACUCUGACUCCCAAGCAAGAACCAGUCGAGGAGCCCCCGCCACCCAUCGCCUCCAAGGUCUCGGAGUCCUCGCCUUCUUCUUCCUCCGAAGACGAGGAGCCGCCCAGCUCCCCCGAGGUGCGCAAGGCCAAGCGGGGCCGCUUCCAGCAGCGGAGGACCGGGACCAGCGGACGCUCGCGCAGCAACGGCUGGACCUGCGGCAUCUGCCACUCCUGGUUCCCUGAGAGGGACGAGUACGUCGUCCACAUGAAGAAGAUCCACGGGAAGUGCGUGAAGAAGUUUCCCUGCCACCUCUGCGAACGCUCCUUCUGCUCGGCCCCCAGCCUCCGGAGACACGUCCGGGUGAACCACGAAGGCAUCAAGCGCGUCUACCCAUGCCGGUACUGCACGGAAGGCAAGCGCACCUUCAGCAGCCGCCUGAUCCUGGAGAAGCACAUCCAGGUGCGUCACGGCAUCAAAGUGACCGACGAGACCCAGAGCCAGGAGGUUCUCCUCACCCGCUCAGGACCCAGGAACCUGCAGGCAUCGCUCCGGAAGCGCAAGCUCUCCUCGGACGAAGGUGACUCCUGCAGUGAGGAGCCGGACAGCACCACCCCGCCUUCCAAGACCCACAAAGGCGACCGGAAGCCCCCCUUUACCUGCCGCAAGUGUGGCUACGCAGCUUCCUCGGCGGCCGACUUCCAGGAGCACAUCCCCCAGCACCGGACAGGCGAGAGCGCCCACCAGUGCCGGGAGUGCGGGCUCUGCUUCACCUCGCAGGUCUCCCUCAACCGCCACCGCUUCAUCACCCACAAGAAGAAGCGGGGGGCCAGGCCUGGCUCCGAUCCCCCCGAGGAGGACCCCCCGACCCCCGGCGAGGGCCGGCUCUCCUGCACCGUCUGCGGCAAGGCCUUCGACACCGAGCUCAACCUCAAGACUCACUUCCGCACCCACGGCAUGGCCUUCAUCAAAGCCCGGCAGAGCGUCGGGACAGACAACUGAACCGGGACAAACCCAACCACAGGUAGAUCCAGACGUUGGAGGGCAGCGGCCCCCUUCCCAUUCCCAUUUGACACAGAGAUCGCAGAGAGGUUGGAAUUGGGGAACCAACGCCCAGAAGCGAGGGCCUUCCUGAUCCAGCCUCCUCCAACCAAAGCCGGUCUCGCCUUGGUUCCGUAUUUGGUUUGGCGAAGCUUUCCAAAGGGCUGAAACUAUUCCGGGGCAAACGGAAACCCCACAUAUGAGCCGGGGGCGAGGAUGUAGACCUCCAAGGAUCGGGAUACGGAUCUCUCCUCGUGGGGAAGUUUGUGAAUCACUGUAAAAGGCAGGAGGUGCCUCCUGGGGUUUGUUCAUUCAUUUUUUAAAUCUUCCUCCAUGUGUUCCUUUCCUAGCACACGGUAGCAUUAACCAGGCACUAGGUUGGAGUGGAGUCUCUCUUCUUCUCUCUUUUCUCACCAAGGUUUAAUUCCUCCUAAUGGUAGUAGCUGUUCCAUUCCCAUCCUCUCUGUCUUCCUACACUUUCCUUCUUUUAUUCAGAAUCAUGGAUUGUUUUCUUCCAGUUCCUCCCCACCAACAGACAAGUGCUUUUUCUAUGUGCUUCUGACACUUUCCAAGCCAUUCCAAAGGCAGAACGACUCCCCAACAAAAAUCAGUUUUGGUCGUCAUCUUAGGAGGCGUUUGCGUUCUGCCUCCAGAAUCCAGCAUCCUUCCAAAUCUGUUUGGAAACCUUUUUCCCGUAGGAAGGUUUUUUUCAUGCUUAGGAAAUGUGAUUUUUUUUGUUUCAUAUUGCGGUGCCCAGAAUCCCCAGAAUCAUGUGGCCUGAGGGAUUCUGGGUAUUGCAAUCCCAGGAAAUAAUUUUGCUUUCUGUAUCCCAGCAUCUGGAAGGUUUUGAUCAUGCUUCGGAAAUGUAAUUUCAAAUAUUGCAGUGUCCAGAAUCCCCAGAAUCAUGUGGCCUGAGGGAUUCUGGAUAUUGCGAUCCCAGCAAAUAAUGUUAUAAUCUAUUGAGGGAGAGAUUUGCGUAAAAGAAAUACAUUGAAGAGGACAAAUUUGCCAUUUCCGCACAUGGCAAGCUUUUGUGCUGUUUAGAUAGCAGCUUAUGUUAUGGUGCUUAUAUAUUCCCUUUGGGAAAGUGCAAAUCUGGGCUUUUGGGAGGUUGGUGGACUCCAGUUUCCAUCAUCCACCACAACUCUGCCCAGAAUGGCCGAAUCUGAUAGUACUUGGAGUCCACCCGACUAAAGUCUUUUAUUUUUGGAAAUACCGCUCCCUGAAUGCUAUAAGAAUCAUGUUCUGACAAAUCCCGCUGUCAAUCUCCACCAAUCAUGUUAUCGAUCUCCUGUCCCGUUUUCCCUUUGACUUUUACCCAUCUUCAGGGAUGGAAUGAUGUCUCCUGACUGGCAAACAUUCCUGGAUCACAAGACACACCAUUUGGUGGAACGGCAGCUCGAUUCUCUUCCUUUCCUUCCUAAUGCAGGAUCCCGACACUCCUGACAUCUGUUUCUUUGCUUGAAAUCAUGUUUGUUCUCUAUUGGUUUGGAUCAGGAUGGAGAGAGGCUCCUCCUUGUUGUAGUCACUUGAAUAUUUUGUUUUCUUGGUUUUAUUUUGGGAUUGCUUUUGGGGUGGGGGAUUUGUCACAUUAACAUGAACCAAGUGUACACCUUAAAAAAGAAAUCUCAAGUCUGGC